UCCGAGGAAUCGCUCUGGAGCCCGAGGCCAGCCUGCAGGGAAAUGGAGUCCAAGGUCUCUGAAGGCGGCCUGAACGUCACCCUCACCAUCCGGCUGCUGAUGCACGGCAAGGAAGUCGGGAGCAUCAUUGGAAAGAAAGGAGAGACCGUGAAGAAGAUGCGUGAGGAGAGUGGAGCAAGGAUCAACAUCUCGGAGGGGAACUGCCCUGAGCGGAUCGUGACCAUCACUGGCCCCACUGAUGCCAUCUUCAAGGCUUUUGCCAUGAUUGCCUACAAAUUUGAGGAGGACAUAAACAACUCAAUGAGCAACAGCACUGCCACCAGCAAACCCCCGGUGACGCUGAGGCUGGUGGUGCCAGCCAGUCAGUGCGGCUCACUGAUCGGCAAAGGAGGCUCCAAGAUCAAGGAAAUCAGGGAGUCAACAGGUGCUCAGGUUCAAGUGGCGGGGGACAUGCUGCCCAACUCCACGGAGCGGGCGGUGACAAUCUCGGGGACACCCGACGCAAUUAUCCAGUGUGUCAAACAGAUCUGUGUGGUGAUGCUGGAGUCCCCACCAAAAGGUGCCACCAUCCCCUACCGCCCAAAGCCCGCCUCCACCCCUGUCAUUUUUGCAGGUGGUCAGGCCUAUACAAUUCAGGGACAAUACGCCAUUCCACACCCGGAUCAGUUGACCAAGCUCCACCAGUUGGCUAUGCAGCAAACCCCCUUUACUCCCCUUGGACAGACCACCCCCGCUUUCCCUGGAGAAAAGCUGCCCUUACAUUCCUCCGAAGAAGCUCAAAAUCUGAUGGGCCAAUCAUCAGGUUUGGAUGCCAGUCCCCCGGCCAGUACUCAUGAACUCUCCAUUCCCAAUGAUCUAAUAGGCUGCAUAAUCGGACGCCAGGGGACCAAAAUCAAUGAAAUUCGGCAGAUGUCGGGAGCGCAGAUCAAAAUCGCCAACGCCACGGAAGGGUCGUCGGAGCGUCAAAUCACCAUCACAGGGACCCCUGCAAACAUCAGCCUUGCCCAGUACCUCAUCAACGCCAGGCUGACGUCUGAGGUCACUGGAAUGGGCGCACUCUAA